UCGCGAUGGAGUGCGGUGGUACCAACUCAGCUCUGUCUUCCAACGGGACGGAGCGUUCUCCCACCGUCGGCGAGAAAGCGGCAGACGCCAUAAAGCUCUUCAUCGGACAGGUUCCCAAGCAAUUUAGCGAAGAAGAUCUACGGACGUACUUCGACGAGUUUGGCGACAUCUACGAGCUGCGCAUUCUUCGCAAUCGUUACACAAACGAGCACAAAGGUUGCGCUUUUAUUACGUUUUGCACGAGAGAGAACGCGCUGGCCGCUAAGGAAUUGUUGCACGACAAGAUCGUUCUUCCUGGAAUGAAUCGACCGAUGCAAAUCAAACUGUCGGAGCAAGAAGCGAAAGCAGAGGGGAGAAAACUAUUUAUUGGGAUGUUGCCGAAAGCAUACAGUGGGGAAGAUGUCAGACAAAUGUUUGACAAAUUCGGAGAUAUUGAAGAGGUUAAUGUGCUUCACGAUACAGCAGGAAUCAGCAGAGGCUGUGCCUUUGUCAAGUAUUCGUCACGACCCGAGUGCGAAGCUGCGAUUCAAGAGAUGAAUGGAACUCAGACUUUGCCGGGAGCAUUGUCGUGUCUCGUUGUCAAAUAUGCAGACUCGGAAAAGGAGCGCAGUCAGCGACGCAUGCAGAAAGCUCUGCAACUGCAACAACAGCAACUAGCGGCGGUCACCCUAUCCUCCCAUCAGUACACAGCGCUCCAACAACAGUGGAUGCAGCAGAUGGCUUCGUUUACGAACACUCAUGGAGGCUCGAGUUUGGCAUCACCGUCGGACAUGAAUGGCAGCAUCAGCCCUACAUCGACACUCAGUCCGGUGUCAGGAUUGCCAUAUGUCGAUUACCUGGGGAGUGCAGUCAGCCCAACGCUGGGAUAUCACAUGUACACUCACAAUGGCUUUAUACCUCAGCAACCAGUGCAUGAAGUUUGUCUGUUUGAAGGGCCCGAGGGCGCCAACCUCUUCAUCUAUCACUUGCCGCAAGAGGCCAGAGACACGGAUCUACUCCAGUGGUUCACGCCGUAUGGUAACGUCGUCAGCACGAAAGUGUACAUUGACAGGAUCACACAUCAGAGCAAGUGUUUCGGCUUUGUGAGCUUUGAUGACCCGAUGUCGGCAGAUGCUGCAAUCAGCGACAUGAACGGUCGACAGAUUGGAAGCAAGCGACUCAAGGUUCAGCACAAACGUGUGAAGGGCUAUCCGCCCAGUCCCGUGUCCGACCAGGGGCCUCUGCAGUCGACAGACUUUACAGCGGCCAUGCCGGCAUCGAGCUUUUAGCAUUCGUUACGUUUUCUCUUGCUGCUGCUGCAUGCUUUUACUGUAAAUAUUAUAGAUUAUAAACCGAAUCAACCUCUUGAGUGAGAUUGAUCUGAUACUUAACAGGGUGAGGUGCUGGCGCCUAAUUAUACUUUUCAUUUUUCAAGACGAUUUUUAUGAUUUCAUCUUACAGACAUAGUGUUACUUUAAUUAUAAUUAUUGAUGAUAACAUUUUGUUGCAGUAGGUGUGCUGUGCUUUUUUUGCUGUCGUAUUGUGUUGUGGCCGCAAUUGACUAUGACUAUUGAAAGCUAGAUGUACAGCUGUGGCCAAAAGUUGUCGACAGAUGUCAUGUUUUAUGUAAAUUGAUCAUAUUUGGUUAGAAAUGCGGAUGUAGUUCAGUAAUAAAUCCAAUAUAACAAUUACAAUUUGAGAUAACAAUAUUUUUAUUAUAAACUAGGAUCCAUGGCCCGUCCUUCGUACGGGCAAG